GUGCGCUGUGUCCCCCGGACACAGCGGAUCACCGAUCACGGAAAGAGCUGAAGAUGUCGGCUCGGUCAUGUGAUCAGCUGUGUCCAAUCACAGCUGAUCACUGAUCAUCAGGGCACUGAUUAUCAGUGUGCCCUGAUGAUCAGUGUAGCCCCUGCAGUGCCACCUGUCAGUGUUCAUCAGUGCCUUGUGCCAGUUCCCAUCAGUGCCUACCAGUGCACAGCAAUGCCACAUAUAAGUGCCCAUCUGAGCUGCCUUUCAGUGUCACCAAUCAGUGCCAGUCAGUGCUGCCUAUCAGUGCCAGCCAGUGCUGCCUAUCAGUGCCAGUCAGUCCCGCCUAUCAGUGCCAUAUAUCAGUGCUGCCUUUCAGUGCCCAUC